CUCACGGUCAGUUGUCAGGAAGGGAAUAAUGCUGUCAGCAUGUCUGCACACUCUAUGCUCUGUGAACGAAUUACCAUAGCCAAGGAACUGAUCAAGAGAGCAGAGUCACUUUCUAGAUCGAGAAAAGGUGGCAUAGAAGGCGGUCCAAAGCUCUGCAGCAAAUUGAAGGCAGAACUAAAAUUCUUACAGAAAGUAGAAGCCGGGAAAGUAGCUAUUAAAGAAUCUCAUUUACAGAGCACUAAUCUAACACACCUAAGGGCCAUUGUGGAAUCAGCAGAAAACCUGGAAGAAGUUGUUAGUGUUCUUCAUGUCUUUGGUUACACAGAUACCUUGGGAGAAAAGCAGACCCUCGUGGUGGAUGUCGUCGCAAAUGGUGGUCAUACUUGGGUGAAAGCCAUUGGCCGAAAGGCUGAAGCACUACAUAAUAUCUGGCUUGGCAGAGGCCAGUAUGGUGACAAAAGUAUCAUUGAGCAGGCGGAAGACUUCCUCCAGGCCAGUCACCAGCAACCAGUGCAGUAUAGCAAUCCUCACAUCAUUUUUGCAUUUUACAACAGUGUCUCCAGCCCUAUGGCCGAGAAGCUAAAAGAAAUGGGCAUAUCUGUGAGAGGAGACAUUGUAGCUGUCAAUUCUCUGUUAGAUAACCCUGAAGAACUCCAGCUGAGUGAGAGUGAGUCAGAUGACGAGGACCCUGAACUUUUGCAGGUGACCCGGGUAGACCGAGAAAAUAUACUAGCAAGUGUUGCCUUUCCAACGGAGAUAAAGGUUGAUGUGUGCAAAAGAGUAAAUCUGGACAUUACAACUUUAAUCACAUAUGUAUCGGCUCUCAGCUAUGGAGGCUGCUACUUUAUCUUCAAAGAAAAAGUGCUCACAGAACAAGCAGAGCAAGAGAGGAAAGAACAGGUUCUACCUCAGCUGGAGGCAUUUAUGAAGGACAAAGAAUUGUUUGCUUGUGAAUCUGCUGUGAAGGAUUUUCAGUCUAUUCUAGAUACUUUAGGAGGACCUGGGGAAAGAGAGAGGGCCACUAUGCUAAUUAAACGAAUUAAUGUUGUGCCAGACCAACCUUCUGAGCGUGCCUUGAGCCUAGUGGCUAGUUCAAAAAUCAAUAGCCGUUCGUUAACGAUUUUUGGGACAGGGGAUACCCUAAAAGCCAUCACGAUGACUGCCAAUAGUGGUUUUGUCAGAGCUGCAAACAACCAGGGUGUUAAAUUUAGUGUGUUUAUCCAUCAGCCCAGAGCAUUAACUGAGAGUAAAGAGGUUCUAGCUACCCCCUUACCAAAAUAUCACACAACUGAGAAUGAACACUAAUGUAUUAAGUAUUGUCAUGGAAAUAAGUUAUUUAUACCAAAGCCAGAGUUUUCCCAUCUAAAUUAGGAAGUAGGAGUCUAUAGUAAAAAUAAUACUCAGAACUCUUAAACCAGUAAAGUUUUGUGUGUCUAUCAUCUAUAUUUAAAGUGUACCAUAACCUCCUAAGGUAGAAAAAGCACAAAAGACAAACAUUGAUGAAACUGCUUAUGCAAUAGCAGAAAUACGUUUAUAUAAAACAUCUAGCUAUAUCAUAACACUUUUAUUUGUCUGAUUCGAUAGGACUACAGUCCCUCUACUGGUAAUCAUAUUUUAUGAAAUAUGGCUAAAUUGCUUCUGCAUUAAAUUAUUGGAGUAAACUCUGAAGCCUAGUUUUUCAUUGUAUUGGUUUAUCAGUUGUGAAUUGAGGCUGGGAGGUAAUAGUUUAUAAUUUUAGAUUCUAAGGUCAAUGGCCACUAUUAAUGAAAAGGAACUUCUUUGAUUGCUGUAUGUCAAAUACAGUCUUGUGGAUAUGUUUACAAAGAGUACAUAACACAGAAGAGAUGAAAAUAAAGUGAAUUCUGAUCAUA